UCAUAAACGCCUUCUCUCCAGCUCGAUGACGCCUAACUUCCCCUUCUGGUCAAUUCAAUGGCGACCCAUUUCCUCAUCACUCCCUUUCCACUUAUCACUAACCAAUCUCUUAAACCAUCUUUCAUCUUUCGCUCCACCCCCUCUGCAAAAUCUGCACCUCUUUCUCUCCCAAAUAUUAGAAAAAAGUCUUCCUUUUUGUGUAGCCCAAUAGCUCCUACAAUGUUGAAUUCCGGUUUAUUGCAAAAGGGUACUCAUGGAAGUUCUCAAAGUAGACAACUUUCAACUCGUUCAGCUCAAACUGAUUCUGGAAGCACUUCAUCACUCACUCAAAAUGUGUUUGGGGUGUUACAUUUGAUUGUGUCUCUGGGGCUUUUUGUUGCUACGGAUAAGUUUUUGAAGCAAGCAUUUGUGGCUGCUGCAAUCAAAUUCCCUAGUGCAUUGUUUGGAAUGUUUUGUAUAUUCUCAGUUUUGAUUAUUCUUGACUCAACUGUGCCAUCUGCAGCUACAGCAGUGAUGAACUUCUUUGAGCCUGCUUUUAUGUUCAUCCAGAGAUGGCUCCCUUUGUUCUAUGUUCCUUCUUUGGUUGUUUUGCCCCUUUCCGUUAGAGAUAUUCCUGCCGCUUCUGGCAUCAAAAUUGGCCUUAUUGUAGUUGGAGGAUGGCUAGCUACACUAUGUGUUGCUGGUUUCACAGCUAUAGCAGUAAGGAAAGCCGUUAAAACAACAUUGAUAGAUGCUGAGCCGAUGGGAAAGCCUUCUCCAUUUUCUACCAUUGAAGUGUGGACGUGGACUGUGAUUCUCGUAACAUCAUUUGUUAGUGCACUAUUUUAUCCAACAUUGUUGGGGACAAGUGCUAGAACAUGCCUUCCAUUUUUGCUUUCAUCCACAGUGUUGGGCUACAUAGUUGGUACUGGGUUGCCAUCAAGUGUGAAGAAAGUCUUCCAUCCUAUAAUUUGCUGUGCACUAUCAUCAGUUCUGACAGCAUUUGCUUUCGGGUAUUUUUCCAAGUUAGGACUCGAUCCUGUUCUAGGAUAUUACCUUACCAAUGUAUCCAACAAUCCCGGAGCUGGUGACAUCUUAAUGGGAUUUUUGGGAUCUGUUAUUCUCUCCUUUUCCUUCUCUAUGUUCAAGCAAAGAAAGCUUGUGAAAAGGCAUGCUGCUGAGAUUUUCACCUCUGUCAUCAUCUCAACAAUAUUCUCGUUGUACUCAACCGCUCUUGUUGGACGACUUCUUCAAUUAGAACCAUCCUUAACUGUGUCCAUUCUACCCAGAUGUAUAACAGUGGCAUUGGCCCUCAGUAUUGUAUCCUUGUUUGACGGUGCCAAUCCAUCUCUCACAGCAGCUGUGGUUGUUGUAACUGGUCUAGUUGGGGCAAAUUUCGUGCAAGCAACUCUUGAUAAACUCAGAUUUAGUGAUCCGAUUGCCAGAGGAAUAGCAACCGCUUCAAGUGCACAUGGACUUGGAACAGCAGCAUUAUCUGCAAAGGAACCUGAAGCUCUCCCAUUUUGUGCCAUUGCUUAUGCUCUGAAUGGCAUAUUUGGAUCUUUACUAUGUUCAAUUCCUAUUGUCAGACAAAGCUUGAUUGCUAUUAUUGGCUGAAAUUAUCAUCAAUAUCACAACCUGUUACUAUUUUCAUUCCUUCCUAUGCCAUAACUUCCAAUGUUUUUAUUAUGGAAGUACUAGUACAAAUGUAUAGAGAAAUAUAUUAAGAAUCAUUAUUUUGUGUAUUGUAUAGGAUGCAAUAAUCUAUUCAUUUGAACAAUAAAAUAUUUAUAUCAUAUUCAUUA